GAGUUGUUUGUUCUGAUCGCAAUCAUGGCCGCCUCAGCAGCACCCUCGGCCUCGGGCAGCUUCCAGGGAGAGUCUGAGGACUACGAGCUCCCUUGGGUCGAAAAGUAUCGUCCCUCGCUGCUCAAGGACAUUGUCGGCAACCAGGAGACAGUGUCAAGACUCGAGAUCAUAGCCAAGGACGGCAAUGUGCCCAACAUCAUCAUCUCGGGCCCUCCUGGAAUCGGCAAGACAACCAGCAUCCUCUGUCUGGCGCAUGAGCUGCUUGGCCCGUCCUACAAGGAAGCCGUCCUCGAGCUGAAUGCUUCGGAUGAUCGCGGCAUUGACGUCGUCCGAAAUCGCAUCAAGAUGUUUGCCCAGAAGAAAGUCACUCUUCCGCCCGGCCGCCACAAGAUCAUCAUCCUUGACGAGGCGGACAGCAUGACUGCGGGCGCCCAGCAGGCCCUGCGGCGAACCAUGGAGAUUUACUCCAACACCACCCGGUUCGCUCUGGCGUGCAACCAGUCCAGCAAGAUCAUCGAGCCCAUCCAAAGUCGCUGUGCCAUGCUGCGGUACACGAGGCUCACCGAGAAGGAGCUGCUGAAGCGUCUGAUGGAGAUCUGCCAGUUUGAGAAUGUCAACUAUAGCCCCGAUGGCCUCGAAGCCAUCAUCUUCACCAGCGAGGGAGAUAUGCGCCAGGCGAUCAACAACUUGCAGUCCACCCACUCCGGGUUCGGCUUUGUGUCCGCUGACAAUGUCUUCAAGGUCUGCGACCAACCACACCCGGUUGUGGUCCAGGACUUGAUUCGCGGCUGUAUCACGGCCGAUCUGCAAAAGGCGCUCGAGCGCAUCGAGGAGCUUUGGAACCAAGGAUACAGUGGUCUGGAUAUCAUCAGCACGCUGUUCAAGGUCGUCAAGUCCUAUGACAUGGCCGAGUAUCUCAAGCUGGAGUACAUGAAGGAUAUUGGCAUCUGCCACAUGCAGAUGAUCGACGGCAUCCAGAGCCUGGUUCAGUUGUCCGGCCUGGUUGCCAGGCUCGCCAAGCGCUCCAUGAAUCCAAACGACUUUGACUUUGACCGAUAGCUCCCCAUCGACUAAAUAUACUACAGUUUGCACAAAUGAA